AUGACUUUAUAUCGGGAUCAGAAAGGACAGUUCCACUUUGGUACAUUGGAUUUUCCGACGCAUCUCCUCCAACAGCUGGGAUUUAAACUUCUGGAGUUGUUUCAGACCCAAGACGGGUUACAGGAUGCAUUUUUCGUUCAUGAGCUAAGAGGGACCAAAGGUAUAUCUCACCAUGACCCCCACGACGCAGAGAAAAGAGGCACUGCAUUGGCUGAUGUCCUGCAUCUUUUUGACAUGCAACUGGUACAGCCCCAAGAUUGGUUUGUAGAUAUCGCAUUGGAAAUUCGGCAUGAAGGUCAUGUACUCCAGUGGCUUACCAAAGGCCACCAUCGUUUAUUGGCCUUCCUUUUACCCUCUGUCCCAAUCAAAGAAAUUGAUGCCAUCCUGCACUCUCGAUCUCAAUACUAUCGAGAUCUCUCUGCACAACUGGAAGAUCUUGGAGGAUUUCGAGCCCUUCCAGGCUCUCGCGGAAAGCCAGAUCACAUUUACUAUAUAAAUGCCUAUACCACCGACAAAUCUGCUACUUACCAGCUGCAUAAGGGAGUAUUUAGACGUCGUAAGCCAUGGCACCUAUUCCCAGCAAGCAUAGGAAAGCUCUCCAAGGAUCUUGAGCGCAUUGCAGAGCAAUUUCUCAUUUGUGGUGAUUCUCCUACUGCAGGUGGACUGGAAGGCAACGCACGACUGGAGAUUAGAGUGCCACUCAGUCAGGCAGAGGGGGUGCUCUCCCAAAUGCCAUACAGUUUAAUACAAGACACCAUAGUCUCCUUCAAAAACCCAUUAUUUUGGUAUUUCAAGUACUACAGAAUGGCUGCGAUCUAUCACGUGGUUCAGAACCUACGAAGCGCCUGCAGAGCUGCCCGUCUCCAGCCUGAGUCCUUGGCAUUGGGCGCUUUAGUUUCAUACCAAAUCAAUGCCCUCACAUACCGCCCAGCCGAGGGUCAAGCAGAGAGCAUGUUGCUGGAAGCUUCU